AUGGACGAAAUGGUUGAUGAAGAGGGAGAUCUUCAGGUAGUUGAGAAUGAUGAACCAAAAAGUGAUCCAUUGUCUACCAUGAAGCUUAGCAAUCUUUCAAUUAAUAUCCCAUUGUUAGAGGCCAUUCAAGAGAUUUUGGGAUAUGCUAAGCUAAUGAAGAAGUUGAUGUCAAAGAAACGUCUGGUUGAUGGAAAAACCAUUAAAGUUACCCACGGGUAUAGCACUAUCAUGACUAAAGCUAUAGUGGAAAAGAAGGAGGAUCUCGAGGCAUUUACAAUCCCUUUCACCAUAAGGACACAUAAGUUUAAGAAAUCCUUGUGUGGACUUAAUGCAAACAUCAAUCUCAUGCCCUAUUCAAUAUAUCAGAUACUUUGUUGGGGAACUCCUACACCAACAACAAUGAGGCUAUUGAUUAUGGACCGGUCUAUCAAAAGACCAGUUGGAGUUUUAUUUGAUGUCUUGGUGAAUGUGGAUCGCUUUAUUCUACUGGUGGACUUCGUUGUGCUUGGUUGUGAAAUUAUUCUUGGGAGACCUUUUCUUGCAACCAGAAGAACGAUUGUUAAUAUGGAGCGAAGAGAAAUAAAAUUUUGGGUCCAAAGUGAUGAAGUAUCCUUUCAAGUAUGUAAGACCAAGAAACAACCCAUGAAACUACAAGUGGUGUCCGUCAUUGAUGUAGUGGACACAGAGGUAGAUGAUGGGUCCCUUAAGGACCUAUUUUGA